AUGAAAAAAACCCGGCAUGUGAAGAAGUCAUCAUCAUUGAAGACAGAGCUGGUGCUUAAGAACAUCAUAACUAAACUAUAGAUGAGUUAUAUCAUCAAAAAGGAGAAAAUCAGGAUUGUCCGAUUAAGUGUAACAAAUAAGAAUGAUUUCAAUUCAUCUCUUGCUCACAUUGAGACUCAUCCUAAAGACCUUAAAGAUCAGAACAACUAAUUAUCUCAAGAGUUUGCUCCUAGCGGUACUGGGGAUAACAAUGAUGAGGAUGAGGACAGGCAGGAUAUACAGAAUAUCUUAUCAGAUCUCUUUCCAAGCUACCAGCAGCAUUUCUGGAAUGAAAGGAGCACAAGCAAUUAAUUACAUUUCAAGCACCAGAAUAACAAGACUCUUAAUGAUUCAUUCGAUGUCAGCUUCCACAGCAUUGAUUUGAAACAAAAUCCUAAUUAGAUAGGUAUUGCGACUGUAAAUGAUCAUCUCAGAGUCAAUCUAGGCAUUAAUAACACUGUCAAUUAAAACUCUCCUUUAAUGUUGGAUGACUUGUCUAUUAUCGUAGAUUUGAAUCGACAAGAUAAAAAUCACACUUCUCAAGAGCAAAAGCAAGACGAAUCCGCACUAAAUCAUGAUCAUGAUCACGACCACCAUUAAGAUAUGUUCUUUGAAGGCCUCACUAGCUUAUUCCUUGACAGAAAGUCUGGUAUAAAUAACUUAUUCUAUAUGCAGCCGAACAAUGUAGGCAAUACUCUUUCAUAAUCAAGUGAUUCCUAAUGCAAAACUUUAAAGAACAGCUUGAAAUAUAAAGUCAUGGUACAUUCUUCCAACGAUUUGGAGGCUCUUAAUCUCGGACACAUUAGCAAGCUCUAAAAAGAGAAAAGUGAAUGUAAAUCUCGAUUUGAGAUCAGAGUGGUUGAUAACAUUCAGCCUACUGGUAAAGAACUAGAUCUGCAGAGAUAGUUGAGUGACAGAACAGAGACAGAGAACUUACCAACCCCCAGCUUCCUCACUCCAACAAUCUCUCAUAAUUUCUUCUGUUAAGAAUCAGCAUAAAAACAAAAAAUAAGUGAAGAUAUUUGUUUUUUCCAGAUUGCCCAUAAUAUGCAAUCUCUCAUGAAGCAAUAGUUUAAUGAGAUCCAAAGUGAUGAUUAGGCCUUUAAUUCUGACAAGUUCUACUCUUAGCCAUCAACAAAGAGAUUCAAAAUUACCUCGAUGCUCUAUAAACCAAUAAAUACUCAGCCAAACUAGAUCCCUUAUUCUUUGACUAGUUCUCAAUUGAAUAGUGAAGCUGCUACUCCUCUUGCUAAGCAAAAGUCUCUUGUAAUUAACUAUGACUCUAACCUCAAAUUUGAGAAGAAUGAGGCUUUGCUCUCUAAUUCCUAAUAUGAGAACUAGAAGAAUUAAACUGAGUACUAUAAGAUCAUCAUAAGUGAUUAAUAAGAAAUCCCAGUUAAGUAGACUAAUGACAUAUAAAUGUCAAGCAAUGAUUACUUUUAGUUUGAAGGGACAUCAGGUACACUUAACAUUGGCCAUCUAAGAACAUCUAGUAAAGGUUCAAAUUCAUAAUAAAAUUCAGAAGCAUUUGUUAGAAGAUUCUAGGAAAUGCUUAAUCUUCCAGUCGAUGGAACAGUGGACUAAGCCCUCUGGCAAAUCAUCAUGAAUGAGGCUCAGAAUGCUUAGUGGUGCAAUUCAAAUGAAUUCAGAUUGGCAGACUCAAAUGAGAACACAUUCGGAGGAGUGACCUUCGACAACCAGAGUGUUUUUACGCCAGGUCCCAGCUCACCCAAAAAUCUAGCUUCAAAGGAGAUCAUUAUUAAUGACGAUAACCUUAUUAAUACCCAAUAAAACUCUAUUAUCUAAGAUAAUAACGAAGGUGUGAAUUCUAGUAAAAAGGGUUAAAGUAUAGAUAUUUAUAACGGUGGUAGCACAAAUUGA